ACAUUGAGGUCAACCUAUUUAUGGUACACCUGUGUGUUACUGUUGUGUAUGUGAUGUGUAGAGCUAACGAAGAAAGUAACGAGCUAAGUUUAUUUAAGGACCAACAUUUUGUAUACAUUAAAGAAGCAUUUUAUUUACUUCUUUUAGAUAAAGCUUCACCAGAAAUACAAGAUUUAUAAGCUUCGACCUCGAUUUUCGGCCCAUGACAACGCUUUCAAUUUUAUCCUGGUACCCGGGAAUGACGCAUAGAGUCGACGGCCCAGCAGCGUAUUCGUUGUGAGUUUAUCUUACCCUAAAGACAGAAGCACUGAAAUGAGAGUGACAACAAACGGAACGCUUUACUACCCAAAGCUUGCUUAGAUCAAGGACACACUUGUUUGGAGAUGGAUGAUUAUGAUCCAGCUUGUCCCACAGAGUAAGAUAUUGUGGCCAAUUAUGACUGGGGGCUGCCGUUGUGUGAAUGGCCUCGUUACUGGUAGUUUUACAAAAAUCGGUAAACCCAAAAAUCAAAAUUUUGAACUCAGUUUUACAACUUUAAAUCGUUAAUUAACUGUGCUAAGCUCAAAAUUUAACUAAUGGACGGUAUGAAUAUCAUCAAAUGUGUUGACAUCAUGAGGUCUACCUGAUUAAGUCAUUAAGUGUGUAUCAUUAGUAUCAUAGUUGAAGGGAAGCCAGGGAAAGUAGGCUACACUUUACUUAUACAUCAGUCUCUAAGUAGUAAGUAGGGAAACAUUUUAGUUUUAGAAAAUAGAAUGAGUUAUUUUGCUUAGUUGAUCAAACUCAAAUUCAAAUCAAGCCAAAUAUUUUAAGGGAGGGUGAUAAUAAUAAUAUAACCAUCACUAGCUCCUAAUAUCUUAAUUUUUAGAAAUGAAAUUUCAGAGUUUAGGCUUCUGCCUCAGCGUUACAUUAAAAUUAAGGACUAAGUGGGCUACUUAUUAGAGUCAAGUUUUAAAAUAAACUUCUAAAGUCAUAUUACAUUGUCAGUCCAGUCUUCAUAGCCUCAUUCACAGAUUUAGAGGUUCAUGUUUUUCCUUCAACGUCAUUGUACAGUGGGGAGUCUGGUGUUUCAGCUACCGCUGGUAGUAUAGUACUGGGUAUAUUAUAAGAAAGGCAGUGUCUACACGUCAGGCGCGGCGGAGGUAUAUCUCCCGCACUAUUUGUCCGGCGACCUAGUCACAUGACCGCCGUAACAAAGUGAUGAGAGAUAUCUUGUCGGUCAGCCUUGUCACGUGACUGCGAAUGAUUUAAUACUAUUGUUAAUUUUAAAAUCUAUUUCUCUACCAAGUAAUGUACUGAUUAUCUUGAAUGCAAAUAAUAGAAAAAAAAGUGAAAGUGGCUUGUAAACAUUUUUGUUUAGUUUGUUAUUUGAGUUUGUGCACCAGUAAUCCAUAAAAUAAAUUAGGGGCCUGUGUAUUUAUCUCAAUGGCAUUGUAAGCAAAGGGGGAUAUUAUUAUUAUUAGGUGACAAUUUCCCCCUAAUGUCUGUGCAAUUGCACGCUACUUGAAAAGUAGAUUUUAUUUUAUACUAUGUAAGUGUAUAAUUAUUGGUAUGCCUGUAUUAUUAUCUAACCUUACUUACUGUUUAAGUUUUAGCAGAUUUUUAAUUAUUUUUAAUUCAGCCUUGUGUAUGACGACAACUCUGCUUACAUGGGUGGACUGGAACACAUGGAAAAUUCCAAGUCGGCCACCAGGGUUAUGAUAUUUUUACAACCUGGGCUACUUCUACAUUACAAUUACGUUUGGGUACUAAAUCUCCUCUUAGACAUUUUUCUUCCAGGCCACUUGCACACUCCCGUUCACCACUGGCUGCAUAUAUUAAAUAGAGAAUAUGUAUUAUUUAAGCACGGCACACCCGUUCUUUGGGAUGCCACACCAAUUUGUAGAUUAUGGUUUUAUUUGUUUGGAUACUAGUUUACACUAAUUUGUAGAUUAUGGUUUAAUUUCUUUGGAUACCACACUAAUUUGUAGAUUACGGUUUCAUUUCUUUGGAUACUACACUAAUUUGUAGAUUACAGUUUCUUUUAUUUGGAUGCUACUCCCAUUUGAAGAUGAUAGCUCCAUUUUUUUGCACACAGAACUAAAGGCCAUUCCUGAAAGUUGUGCACACACAGUUUAUAAAUAUACCUGUACAAUGUACAGUACAUCACCAAAAAUACAAUGGCGUAUGACUUUACAAUAACGGCAUUUUUGAUAAAUGGUGGUCUCCAUUUUUUUUUGUACUGGAAAUUUAUGUCAAAUCUAAUUUAUCAAUAAAAAAUUAUGUUUGACUGGCCAGUGUGUCCCAUUCUCAGUCAGUUUGCAAAGGAUUUAAAAGGGAUUAUCAUUAUUAUCAAUGAUCAAGAGAAAAAGAUGAGUCGAAUUCUAAUUAUUAUUUUAGCUCAAAUUAAAUAAAAUAAUAUUGCCUCAUAUGAUCUGAUAUUUGUUACCAUACAGAUUUUAUUAUGUGUAUCCCAUAACUGAGCACAACAUCAUUGAGGUUGCACACAUGAUACUAUGCUUCACAUGUCUGUUUGAAAUGGCUCACAUGAAGAUUUUAUCCACAUUUUUAUGACAGUGGACAUCAAGUUAAUGAAAUUUUCUAUACCGAUAUAUAUGCUUUUUUGAAAAAAAAUGGUUUACUUCUUUUCUUUUCAUAGGGAUGAGUCUCAACUUAUGGAAUUAGAUCUUUCACAAGUUCCCCUGCCCCCCACAUUGCCUACUCAAAGCAAAACGCGAUCUAGAAAUUUUUCAAAGCAGAUAUCACCCACUUCGGACAAAGAGGAUGAUAAAAAAGGCAAGAAGAAAAAGAGGAAGAAGAAAAGACACGGCCGGGGCCAAGAUGGUGGAGAGGAAGAGAAAGAGGUACUUAAAAAAAAUACUUUUGACAAUGGCACGAAAUCCUGACUUAUAAAAAUUAGAAUACUUAUUAUUUGGCUAAGUUAGCUCCCUGGAAACCUAGGAAUUCAAUAGAUGUAGCUUAAUUGUUAUCUUUUAUAUGAAGAGGUAGUUCAGUAGCUUUAUUGUUAUCUUUUUUAUGAAGAGGUAGUUCAAAGGAAAAUAAUAUAGUUAACCAAAUCUGAUCUGAAAUUUUUUGUUUGAAACAGAAUCUGCUUUACUCUGAUUGGCUGGGUGUGAUUUUUUUUUUCUCCAUGAUUUAAUGAAGAUCAGAAUAUAGCUACAAUUACAAUGGGGACACAGGUUUAAAGCAGGGAAAAAUGUGGGCUAAGGCUUCUGCACAGGAUGGGAAAAUAUAGGCUCAGGGUACUGCACAAGUGCAUUUAUACAUAUUUUUUAGACAAAACAAAUAGAGGUACUGGUAUUAAAAGAAUGGAACUGAUCAUGUCCAACAGAAGGGGCAUAACUCAACAUUCCUAUUGUUUUCAAUAAUAUGAGCACUGGAAAUGUCUGCAUAUUGGUUAUAUUUCUGAUUCAGUUCUUCUGUAGUAAAUAAAUAUAAUUUGUGAAUUUUGACUGAACUAAGCCUUUUUUGAGGGAGUUUUGAUGCAAUUUUGCUUCAGUUCAGAUAGUUAAAAAUUAGGUUGUGUCCGAAAUGAAUAAAACAUAAUACUAUUUAAAUUGGAUCAAUGCUGUCCCCACUUAUGCAAAAAAAUUUUCUAAAUCUAUCUAUGGUAAAUGUGGAGUUGUUCCUCUGUGUCCGUGGUUACAGUCAAUGCAAUUGCAAUUUCUGAGAUGAAUGGGUUAAUGCUGACAUUUUUAUCCAUAUAGAGUACAUAGGGGGACUUCAAAAAUUAAAACAUGGUACCUGGUAAUUAAUUAAGUUUAAAGUAAAGUAACAAAAAUACUGGUCAACAAAAUUAUCAGAGUUGGUAUUGGUACUCAAAUAUAAUUUCUAUAAAGCACUGUGAACUGUAACAUUCAUUCUGAUGUCCUAGCUCAAUAACUUGCAUAUUUUAAGACGAAUGGCAAUACUAUUUCACACACACAAAUCAAGCUUUUAGUUGCAUAAACUCUAGUUAAUAAAUCCAUAUGUGCAUGUAUAACCUUGAUUUUUAAAUCUUAGUACUGUCGCUGAGUGCAAAAUCAAAACAUGGAAUGGCAACAGAGAUCGCUUAUUUUCUUACCAAAAGCAUAAAAGUUUGUAAUUAUUUCAACAUCAAAAUAAUUUUUAAAAGGAGAUCAGUAUGAGUAUAAGUACUGUAAUAAAUCUGAAAAUGAUCAUUCAUCAUUCAGAUCCAUUGGCCAUUUUGGGCAUGUGUCCUUUGUGCUGCUGUCAUGGUGAAGAAUUGACACACUCUCCACAGAUGUUUUUUUUUGGUAUAUGGUGGUGGUGUUGUAUUAUUUGGUACGGGACAUAGUGUAGGCGUAAGUCUUGAUGUAGGGCUGGGCAAUGUCUCAUUUGGAUGUUUGCAGAGGGGGCAUAUUGGUGUUUUAUCUGGUUUUAUGCGGUUCAAGUGGGCAUUAAGUUGUAGGUGUCCUGAGGUCAGGUGAAAGUGAAAGAUUAUGAUCUGUUCAUGUCUUUGGAUGCAGUUUAUUGAAUCUUUAAGGUCUGGGCAUGUGUGUGAAAACACAUCUUCUUGUCAGCAUGUGUGUGAAAACAUAAAUUUCUGUUGAUCCCAUUCCUUUAACCACUCUUCUUUUUUGUUAGCUUUGAUAAUCUGCUUAGUAGUGUUGAGUUCUGUAGGUUUGUUUGGCUGUGCUGAGUGAUGUAGUUAUGUUUGUUCACUGGAUGCUCCUGGUGGUCUGGCUAGUUUGUCUGCUCUUUCAUGUCCUUGCAUGUUGUGCUGUCCUGGUAUUCAUUAUAAUUUGAGCUUCACUGCAUAGGUUUGGAGGAAGAUGUCUUAUAGAAUGAUUGGCUAGUCUUCUCUGUCUGUUGGUAGGUGGUGUUCCUCUUCAUUUUCAGAGCCCACAUCUUAGUUUUGAUUUCUGUUUAAUUCUAUGGUUUAGUCUCCAUGUUUCAACGGUUUGUCUAGUUGGACAUAGCCUUUCAACCACCUCAUGAACUGCCUCUAGUUGGACAUAGCCUUUCAACCACCUCAUGAACUGCCUCUGCUUGGACAUAGCCUUUCAACCACCUCAUGAACUGCCUCUACUUGGACAUAGCCUUUCAACCACCUCAUGAACUGCCUCUACUUGGACAUAGCCUUUCAACCACCUCAUGAACUGCCUCUAGUUGGACAAAGCCUUUCAACCACCUCAUGAACUGCCUCUAGUUGGACAUAGCCUCUCUUCUAAAAUUUAGUGGCUCAUUAUUAGCAUGCCACUGUUGGGGUAGAUCUUAGUCUACCCCAGAUGGAAUGGACUGCCUGGCUUUGUAAUCUUCCUAGAGAUUCCUGUAGUGUAUUGCUGCAAAUUGACUGUAGCGCAAAGCUGGAUUCCAUCACUGAUAACAUAUAACCUAUGGACAACUAGCUGCAGUAUGGUCUUCUCACUGCCCUAUCAAUCUGUUAUGGAGCCUAAAAUCAGUCUGAUCUGUUGGGAGUCUAAGAUCAGUCUGUUCUGUUGGGAGUCUAAAAUCAGUCUGAUAUGGAGCUUAAAUCAGUCUCUUACAAAGCCUAAAAUCAGCCUGAUAUGGAGCUUAAAUCAGUCUGUUAUGAAGCCUAAAAUCAGCCUGAUAUGGAGCUUAAAUCAGUAUGUUAUGGAGCCUAAAAUCAGUCUGUCAUGAAAUAUAAUAACAUUUAUUAAGGCCAAAAGUCCAUGUAAUAAAAACCAAAAAACCACCAGUAAUAGUAAUAGCAUCCCUACUUCUAGCAUAAAAUUUGUCAAGUAUAUUUUCCAGCAUCUUUUUUUUCUAAUAAAACAUCUAAAAGUAAGUGAAAUAAUAAUUAGAUUAAAAAAUGAAACAUGAGGUCGUGAACUAAUGGUUGGAAACAAUUAUUGACUUAGUAUUAUAAUUACACAAAGGGAAAGUGUAGGCCAUGGAAGAUCUUAUUCUGUAGAAUCCAAUUAAUUCUAUUGGGAUUUGAGACAUUUACUUUCAAUGGAUAAUGCUGCAUAAUAAUGUUACCAGUCCAUGGGUUUUAAUGUUCUAUUAGCCCUUUAUGGUGUUACAAAUAGACUCUAGAGAGCACUGCCAUAUUUCUUUGAAAUUUACUUUUCGUUUUAUGUCAGUGUGUUGCCAUAUGGCACCAUAUGGCAGCAACAUGGCACACAUGUAGCCACAUUGACCAUUUGUUGUGCUAUGGAAGCAUCGAGCAACAUGGCACACAUGUAGCCACAUUGACCAUUUGAUGUGCUAUGGAAGCAUAGAGCAACAUGGCACACAUGUAGCCACAUUGACCAUUUGUUGUUCUAUGGAAGCAUAGAGCAACAUGGCACACAUGUAGCCACAUUGACCAUUUGUUGUGCUAUGGAAGCAUAGAGCAACAUGGCACACAUGUAGCCACAUUGACCAUUUGUUGUGCUAUGAAACAGAGCAACAUGGCACACAUGUAGCCACAUUGACCAUUUAUUGUGCUAUGGAAGCAUAGACAAACACAAUAUAAACAACACAAAGUAACAAAAGCCGGAUGGUAUUGUUAUAUGAAAAGUAGUUAUCUAUAUAGUUUAUUGAUAACUUUUGUUGAGUCUGUUUCAUGGUUUUACCAAGCACUUUCAGAAAAGGCAAUGGUUAAACGGUUAUCUAAAUCCUGAUAUUAAUAUAAAUGACGCCAUGUCUUAUGAAGUUAUAGAUAGUAAAAGAGAUUGAAUGUAUUUUUCUAUUCAGUUUCUUUGAUAUAAAUGUGGACCUAAUUCAAAAGAAAUAAUAAUAAAUCAUUGGACAACCAUUAGAGGUGUCUAGAAUAAAUAUGAAUGGAUUUGAAGGACUGCAUUCAAGCUCUGUGAAUGAAAUAGUAAAUCAAGGUACCGGUAUGUUGAAGCUUGAAUCAAAAGCCAGGACAAUCACAUGGGAACGUUUCGGCUUAGAUCUUCAUGUCCUGUCUUUUGAUUCAAGCUUCAACAUACCUUGUUUUACUAUUUCAUAAGUGUCUAGAAACAGUAUUCACUACUUGUAGCUUUAAAAUAUAAAUUAAAGGACUGCAUUCAAGCCUAGUAAAUGAAUGAAAUAGUCUACUGUGCUCUGUUCUUUGUUAUAUUUUCAUUUCUACUGUUAGCUGAAGAAGGCUUUAUGCCGAAACGUCCUUUAUUUUUUGUCCUGUUCUCUUGUUCAACCUUCCACAUACCCUGUUUUGCUAUUUCAUUCAUUUGUAGCUUUAAAUUUAAACAACAAAAACAUUGGGUCAAGAGAAUGGAGAUUUAUUUUGAUAGUCUCAUCUUGGAUGUAAUUUUUUAUUAUUAUGUAAAAUUAUCUCAUUCCUUAUGAUUAUUGAUAGGGAUCUCACUCCAUUAUAAUUAUUGAUGUGAUAUCAUUCCUCUAUGAUCAUUGAGAGUGAUAUCAUUCCAUUAUGAAUAUUUAUUAGAGCAUAUCAUUCCACUAUGAUUAUUGAGAGUGAUAUUAUUCCACUUUGAUUAUUUAGAUUUAGAGUUUCUCAUUCUACUAUGAUUAUUGAGAGUGAUAUCAUUCCAAUAUGAUUAUUGAGAGUGAUAUCAUUCCACUAUGAUUAUUGAGAGUGAUGUCAUUCCACUAUGAUUAUUGAGAGUGAUAUCAUUCCACUAUGAUUGUUGAGAGAAAUCUCAUUCCACUAUGAUUAUUGAGAGUGAUGUCAUUCCACUAUGAUUAUUGAGGGUGAUAUCAUUCCACUAUGAUUAUUAUUGAGAGUGAUGUCAUUCCACUAUGAUUAUUGAGAGUGAUAUCAUUCCACUAUGAUUAUUGAGAGUGAUGUCAUUCCACAAUAAUUGAUAUUGAUCUCAUUCCAUUAUGAUAUUAGUAUUUAUGUUUAUGAAAACAAAUUUCUUUUAGCAUGAUGAUCAUUUCUUUUUAAAUGAUUAAAUCCAUUACAUACUCUCAAAUUAUAUUCAAACCCCUCUCCUAGUAAAACACACCUCAUUAUGAAGGGAAUGCAAAAGAAACAAUUAUAUACCGGGUAUCAUAUAUUUUGUUAUAAAAUUAUUGGUCUAUGCUACACUACUUUAUAAUAUGGAAGCCAGCUUUAUGCUGUUGCUAUCACUGUAAUAUAAAGUUGUUUGUACCCCGUAGUAUUAUAACUUAUAACUGUAGAUUUAAAUAUGGUUGUUUUUUUCUGAGAAGCCAAAAGGAAGAAAGACAAAUAUUGCGACAUUUUUAUUUUAAAAUAUACAGAUUGCAGGGCCGAAGUUUAAUUCUAGCAAUCAUACGCCUACUGCCCAUUGCGAUAGUCGGUAAACAUUUGUGUGUGUGUGUGUGUAGCUCAUGGCUUCAUGUUAUGUAAAUGUAAUUGAUUAUACAUAUCGCGGAUGAAAACGCCACUCAGUCAUUGUGAAUUAGAAGUUUGAUUAAACGGAUCUGAAAGUAUAGACUACGUACUGGAAGUAUAGACUACGUACUAUUAAAUAUUAAAACUAGUCCAACUUAAUGCCUGGAGGAUACUUAUUAAAUUAUAGUUGUGAGAUACAGAAGUAACAUCAGGCUUGAUGCUAGCCGUGCAAAUAUGACAUCCACUCCCAGCGCUUACCACCACGUCCACGGGGCAACGCUUAGAAAGCAGCCACUUGGAAGUAGCACGGCAUUUUUUAAAACUGGGUCAGCAACUAGGCCAAGCCAGUUAUAGCAAGGCCGAUAAAGCAAAAAUGAGCUGUGUGGAAAUAAUGUAAAAAAGCUCGAAUGUUAAUAGUACUUUUAGCUUAAAAAACGAUGCAGAUUUUUUUAAUGAAUAUUUUGGAAGAAUACAAUAUUCUCUUUAUAGUAAAAAUCUCUACCUAUUGGUUAUUUCAAAGCAGAUAUUGUAAUUGUAAUAAACAUACAUUGACAUAAUUAUGUUUUGGACCAUAAACUACUAUAAGUUCUAUAACUAUGUUUAUGCUUAAUCAUCUAAACUGAAUACGGGUUUCACAAACGUCUUGUCAAGCAUCGACAUCUAAUCUGAAAGAAAAAAAAAAUAAUUACAACUAUAAAAACCAUAACAAUCUCAUCAAAAUAGGUAUUCAAUCAGUAUAAUGUAAAUAUGGGAUUAGGCUAGGGGAGGGGAGAAAAGUAUAGGGGUGAAUGUGUUUUAUUCUUCACCACGGUUGUAAAAAGAAGGUUUCUAUUUAUAUACUUAAUCUCUUGUUUUGUUAGAGGACUCUAAUAAGAAGAGGAGGCUAUAUUAUAUUAAAUAUAUUUUGAAGAAGAAUAUUCAGUUCCAUUUAAUAUUAUUCAAUCAAUAAACGUUACGGCAUCUACUAAAAAUGAUAUAUAUUAUUGAAAUCAGGUUAUAUUAUUUGUGGCGUGUAUGCCGUCACAUAAAUAAGCAUCGAAUGUUCUAAGUUUGUUAAUUAAACGAUACAUAGAUAACAGAAAAAAACGAAUAUUUGAAACAACCGAUACGUGUGUGUCAUAUUAUAAUUUGGGUUAGUCUAAAUGCCUAAACUAGCUGAAACAUUUGUGAAGCGAGAAAAUGUGUAGGCGUUGAACAGGAAGUUACUUUUCUUUUAUGUCUCAAAUUAAUUUCGCAUUUUUGUUUUUAUAAUUAUGAAAGGCAUUUGAAUUUAAUAUAAUUAGUAUUUCAGAGUGAGGCUAUUUUUACAUGACCAAAUGCUUACAGAUAACUUUGAUAGUAGUAUUUUAAAAAAUCUAAAAUGAAUACAACAUUUUGACAACAUAUAUGAAAAUGGCUUAAUUGUUGAAAUGCUGGCUUUCAUUAUUAUAAAUAUUGAUUAUUAUUUUUUACUUUUUAAAAGCUGUUACUAUUUUAAAAGUUAUUCCAUUUUUGUUUCCCAUACAAAUAACUUAAUUGCAAUUGUCUAAUAAAUAGCAAUCGGCUCUUUGCAGAAAACUGUUAUAAUUUAAAAUAUUUUUGCAUUGACUUGACAAAAGUUAUUUUAUUCUAUUCAGUUUCUUGGUACAUCCAUUUUAUUUUAUAAGAUUGCAUUUUCAAGGUUUUUGGGAUAAUUAUUAUUAACAGCUGUUUAAUUGUGAUAUUUUCAUUUGAUUCACAUCCCAUGAAUUUUGUGAUUUGAAUAAUAAUAAUAAUUCUUUUCUGUUUUGUUUGAGCAGGAAGAGGCUCCAAUUAUUACUGAAGCAAUUCAUGAAACAGCAGCAGAUCUACUACACAAAAUUGAAAAUGGUUUGUUCAUUGUUUAUUUUAGAUUUAAAAAUUUGGCUAUAUAUAUAUAUAUAUUAUUAUUAUUAUAUAUAGACCUAGUUUAUUUCUAAAGGCAAAGAAACGUGAUCACAUCACUCCACUACUUCACUCACUUCAUUGGCUCCCUAUACAGGCACGCAUUGAUGACGAGCUGUCUUUUCUCUGUCACAACUUUUUCUCUGGUUCCUGCCCUUCCUAUCUUACUGAACUUUUUACUCUCUGUUCACCCCUUCAAAAGCUUCAUUCCUCCACAGACACGUGUAUUCUUUCUGUUCCCAGAACACGCACUAAAACAUAUUGUGAACAAUCUUUCUCUUUCUUUGCCCCAAAACAAUGCAAGUAUCUCCCAUUACACAUCCACACUAUAACGACCAUCACAGCCUUCAAAACUGCCCUUAAGACCCAUCUCUUUAAACAGUACUAUACCAACUAAUUCUCACCCGCUCUGGCUGAUAAAGAAUGCUCAAUUCUGCUGGGUGCUGUCCAUGGCUAGACAGGUGUAGAUAGUACUUGGGUGGGCGAGGUCAAGCUUUUCACCAAUUGUUUUUAAAUGUAUACGUUUAUGUAAAAGUUAAUUUUUAGGUGAAGCGCUGUGAGUGUUACGAAUUGAAUAUAUAUUAGGAUUGCAUGUUUUUUGGAGAACUUUUGGGUAGAUGUUGCUAUUAAAUGUUUGGUAUUUUGUGACAUAUUGUGCGUAAGGGGAAAUGAUGUAUUAUUGUGUAGUUUUUUGUGAUUGAGUAAUGGCAGUUGACGAUGUAGUUUAGUCGUGUUAAUAAAUAUACUUUAUUCUAAUAAUCAAUGGUUUGUGUAAUUAAUGUAAUAACCCCUAGACAAAGCGAAGCUAACGACCUUUGGUAAGACCGGGUUCGUAACAGUGAGCUUAGCUCUAGGUUGGGGUACAGUGCUAUUUAAAACCACCUAAUAAUAACAAUAAUAAUAAUAAUAAUAAUAUUAGCAAGGGAAUCAUCAUUGCAAAUAUGAAAAGCAAAUGGGUUAGUUUUAAAUAUUUUAUUAAUUUAAUCCUGUUCGGAUCACAAAUACAUAUAAAAUACAAUUUUUAUUUAAUAUUAAGAACAUUAAACAUUAAAAAAAAAAAAAAAUGACCAUUCAAUAGAAUAGCCUGUGCAAUGGAGAGCCAUGGAAGAUAUUGAAAAGAAAAAAAAGCCUGUUUGUUAGAAUAGAUUUCAUUCAUUUAUUUACAGUAGGAAAAGUUUGAAUUAUUUUUGUUGAUUUAAUCAACUUUUGGAAUAAAUUACCCAAACCUUUUUAACAAAAUAAAAUUUUUAGGAAAAAAAAUUGCAUGCCUGGAAUGUGACCUGGUCUCCAAACAUGUGGCUGGUGUUUAUUUGAUCAAUUCAUCGCAAGGCUUAGCCAUCAAUUAAUCAUGAUUCAAACUAUGCAUAAUUGGGCAUGCAAAAGGAAAACCACUAUUAAAUUGAGUUAUUUCCCAGCCAUACUUCUUAGCAUUUGGUAUUGUUAUUGGGUUGUAUAUUUAUACUCUGAUUUUCAUGAAAUUUUUUUGUCUUUUAUUUCUGUAGUCCCAGAGAGGGAAGAUAAACCUCAUACUUCAGCCACUUCCUCCAGCCAGUUACCAGGAGACCAAGUCAAAGUUGACACCCCAUCUGCGCCUCUGUCAUCCGAUGCCACAGCUCAAGCGGCCUCUAUCUCAAGUAGGUCAUCAGGCAGACUACAGUUUAAGCUUGCGGCAGAUCCCACCUCAGGCAAAGCCAAAGUUCUGUUCCAGCUCAACAAGCCACUGAAAGUGAGCGCUCUGCGUGUGGCUUCUGAAGAAGAGGAAGAAAAGGAAGAGGUGGUUGAAGAGGAGGAAAAACAAAUUAUUGAAAAGACAGCAGCCGGGGAGUAUGUUCCCACACGAUUCAAGGUCUCCAAAAAGCAUGAAAUGUACAAACCCAAUCUGCUAGGUCCAGGCUUGACAGUGGUGUUUAACUCCCCUUCCAUUGGAAUGGCAAUGGGGUCAGCGCAGCCUGGUAAUGUUAAUUCUGGUGGUUCCAGCCAGCUAGCCACAGGCUCUAAAGAUGUUGAUGGGAACAGCAGAGGCGAUUUCAGAAAAACUAAUGAUGAGGUGCGGAAGAAGAAAGAAGAUGAUGAAGGCCAGGCAUUGCCAUUGAGGCGAAGUGAAAGAAGGAGAAGCAGGGAUACUAAAGAGCAGGACAGAGAGAAGGAGAGUGAGAGUGGUUCAAGGGCUGGCCGGUUCGAUAGAAGUUUGGACAGAAGAGAUGAUUCGAGAGGCACACGCUCUUCUUUCUCCAGAUCACAGAAAGACGCAGGUAAACGUCGAGACAGUGGUGACACUGGAAGAAGAGGGAAAGUUGAUGCUGUGCAGGAGAGGAGGAGAUCAUCAAGAUUCCAAAAGGAUGAGGAGGAAAGGAAAGACAAAGACACAGAGGGCAGCAGUGGUGCAAGGAGGCAUCAGCACAGACGUCAGGACUCUUCUGUUGAAGACAGGAGGACAAGGAACGCUCGGAGAAGCAGGAGCGGGAGCAGAGACAGGAAGCAUAAAAGUCCGAGCCGAAGCCCUCGCAGGUCAACAGCCAAGCUUGAGAUGGCAGGUCAGGACGAAGACAAAUCUGGCUUGGCUGCAUGUCAGGCCAUUGGUUCCCCUCCCUGCACCAGACUCCAAGAGCCGUCCCCACCCAGGGGUGAGGAGAAUACAAAGCCAGAGGCGGUAGAUAAGUCAGCCUUAGUGGUGGAUCCAUGGUCACCGGUACCUCAGCAUUCUAAUGUGUUAGAUCCAUCAUCAGAAGGUAAUCAAGUGGCUAAUGUGUUAGAUCCAUCAUCAGAAGGUAAUAAAGUGGCUAAUGUGUUAGAUCCAUCAUCAGAAGGUAAUCAAGUGGAAGAAUUUGCCAGGGUAGAGGAAGAGGGUGUUGCAGGGAAACCUGUUCAAGAUGACAUCACUGUGACAAGGAGUGAUGCAACUGUGCAAGAUGGCAUUAGUCUGACAAAGAGUGAUGCUACUGUGCUAGAUGACAUUAAUGUGACAAAGAGUGAUGCAACUUUGCUAGAUGACAUCACUGUGACAAAGAGUGAUGCAUUUGUGCUAGAUGACAUUAAUGUGACAAAGAGUGAUGCAACUGUGCAAGAUGACAUUAAUGUGACAAAGAUUGAUGUAACUGAGCAAGAUGGCAUUAGUCUGACAAAGAUUGAUGCAACUGUGCAAGAUGACAUUAGUCUGAAAAAGAGUGAUGCAACUGGGCAAGAUAGCAUUAUUGUGACAAAGAGUGAUGCAACUUUGAAGUUGGAAUCAAGUGAUUCAGAAGGCGCUGCCAAAAAAACUGUUCAGAAGUUAGUCAUUCGUAGGUCAUUUGACACCAAUGACUUCCAGGUCACACGAAAUGACCUUGCAGAUGCAGAGGAUAGCGAAAAAGUACACUUGGGUGAUUCUGGAAGUGUAAUAAAAACUCAGGUGAAAGAUUCAACCUCUUCACCUAAAAAGAGAAUGAAAAGCUCCCAGGGACAAAGUCCUGCUGCUGCAGAUGUGGACGUUGAAAGAGAAACCAGAGGUAGAAAUUCUGUGUCCAAUGCUGGUCGGAGAAGAAAAGAAAAGAAAGAUUGGAUAAGUACCUCUCGGAGAGAAUCUCUGAGACGACAGCGGUCAAACUCAUCUGAAUCUGAUGAAGGACACAAAGGGAAAGUAACCUCCGGAUCCAAAAAAUCUUCAGGAAGGCAUGAAACUGCCAGGGGGAGGCCAUCUGGUUUUCGUGUUGAUGAGCCCGCCCUUCCUCCCGAGCAAGUCUUAGUGGAUGUCUCUGCCAUCCCAGGGAAAAGUAAAUGGGAGAUGGAGGACGAAGAAGAAGAGAUGGAGCCUGUAGAGGAUGCUUACAAAAGCACUAUUUACGGGAACUACAGAGCUGAACAACAGAAGCCGCCAGUGGCCAAAGCUUAUGAAGCCCUUCAAGUGUCUUGGCGGAGGUCAGCCCGUCUCCAGACAGAUGCUACUAAAAAAUCCACCCUUGUCAAAUCAAAGGCUAGGGAGAGCAGCAGCAAUGAAGAUGAUUUGUCCCAGGACCGUCAUAAGGGCAAAGAGAAGAAGAGGCACGGCCACAAAAGCAAAGCUGAGAAAAAAACGAGGAGGAAGAAGAAAAGGCAUGAAGGGGGCAGCAGCACAGAGGAGCAAAUGGAGUUGGGGGAGAAACGGAAAUCAAAGAGAGACUCGGACGAAAAUCAGGAAGAGGAUAGGAAACUUGUGGAGGCAAAGAGAAAAGAGGCUUCGAUAAAAGCCAAGUCUGGCAUUGACACAGCCAAACUUGUGACCUAUCUGAAGGAGUACAGCGAGAAGGAAGAGUUUGUUGUGAAAGAGGAAGCCCCCAAAGCUAAAGCCGAGCUGGACAACAGUAAGAUUGUGAGUUAUCUGAAGGAGUACAGCGAGAUGAUGACCACAGAUCAAGAGAAGGCCACCAAGUCAGACCGUGAUGGUAUGUCUACAACUGGUCAAGAAGAUAAAGAUGGAUCACGAGAAGCAAAUGUCCAGUCUAGUGAGAUGACAGAAUUAAAUGUUGUGCCUGAUUCUGAGAAGCCGGAAACAUCGGUCAUGGCUGAGGACAGCCAGUUCAAUACAACUAUUGAGCAGCAAGAUGGGGAAUCAAUGAUAUCCAUUAACAAGGAAAUACUGGUACCCUCAAAUAGCAACUUGUUAGAAGGGGGAAAGACAGAAGGCGGCAAUAUAGAGGAGGCUGGUCCUCACACUGAUAAGAGGAGGUCGGUGUCCAAAGAAAGGAGUGAAAGAGCCGACUCAAAAUCCUCAAUGAGAAGUCGUGAAAGGGAAGGCAGGUCAAGAACUCCAGAGAAAGGGAAAGAUAAAAGAGAAAGGUCAAAAUCAACUGAGAGAACCAGAGAAAAAGAAAGGUCCAAAUCUUUGGAAAUAAUCAGAGAAAAGGGAGAUAGAUCUGAAUCUCCUGUGAGAAAUAGAAGCAAGAGAAAUAAGUCCAAAUCCAUUGAAAGAAUUAGAGACAGAAGAGAAAGAUCCAAAUCUAUUGAAAAAACUAGAGAAAAGCGAGAAAGGUCCAAAUCUACUGAAAGAUCUAGAGAUAAACGAGAAAGGUC